GAUCCUGCGCAGUUGUAAGAAAAAAAAUCCUCCAUCAUUCUGGAAUUUCUGCUCCGUUCUAGAAACAAAGCUUGCAUUUAAUAUUUUGAUUAAUCAUUCAUAAACAAAUAUUGAUAUAAUUUAAAAAUAUUAAUAUUAUUAAUAUUACAUAAAUUAAUUAAAAUUAUAACAACAAAAACAAUAUGUAUACCAAUAAUCGAAAUACAACAAUCAAUCAAAGUUUUGUACCAGAAAGAGGAAAUGUAGCUAGUAACAAUCAAGCUCCUCAAUUUCCACCUGGAAAUCGAGCGUACAAUCAACAGCAAGCAGUUAUUCCUGGAUUAUCUCAGCAACAUCAACAACAAUCCAAUGUUCAACAGGUUGAACAAAUUAAUCAACAACAAGGAAAAACAAUUCAAGCAAUUGGUCAACAAAAUAAUGCUAAUAAUGUAUUAGCAACACCAUCACCAGUAUUUUCACAAAAUGAAAUAUCAACAUCAGAUAAAUUAACAACUAAUAAUCAAGAUAAUGAUGUUUCAAUGGAUUCAACAAAUGAUGAACCAAAAUGGAAACGUAAAAAAGUUCCAGGAAUUAAAGUUAAUAGAAAAUUAAAAAGAUUGAGAAUGGAUCAACGUUUGAAAAAAACAUUAAUGCCUAAAAAUGCAAUAAUGGUUUUAAAUGAAAUGAAAUCUGGUGUUCAAUUUGUAUUUCCAGAAACUCCAACACAAAAUUCAUUAUUUCUCGUUCAUGCACAGCUUGAUGGUAAAACAUAUGUUGGUCAAGGUUUAUCAAAGCCAUUAGCACGUCAAAAUGCUGCUGAAAAUGCAUUAAAAUGUCUUGUACUUGAAAAAAUGGAAACAGCAGCAAAAUUACGUGAAGAAAAUGAUAAAACAAAACCUUCAACAGCUGAUACAUCAUUACAAUCAUUACAAACAUCAAUGUCAUCAUCAACAAAUCAAGAACAAAAUGAUAAUAUUAGUAGUAUGUCAUCAAUGAUGGAUUGUACAAAUGGUAUUGAUGAAAAAGAUGAUAUACCAUGGCGUGCAUUAGCAAAUUUUGCAUUAUAUAAAUUAUUAAAUGAAUGGCAAAAUCAAGGUACUGUUGUUUUAAUGCCUAAAAAUGGUGUAUUAUCACAACAACCACCAAAAGCUGAAGUACAAAAACAACCAACUGUUAAAGAACUACCAGAAAAUCCAGAUAAAAUACAUCCAGUUAUGUUGUUGAAUCAAAUGCGUCCAGGUAUAACAUAUAAAGAAUUACAACGUACUGGUAAUUCACCAAAUAUAUUAUUUACACUUGCUGUUGAUACUGAUGGACAAACAUUUACUGGUACAGCUAAAAAUAAAAAAGAAGCUAAAAAAAAUGUUGCUAUUAAUGCAUUAAAAGUACUUUAUAAUGUUGUUUAUCCAGAUGAUGAUAAAAAUAAAAAUGACAGUAUGGAUAUUACUAUUGAAAAAGAAAAUAAUGGUGUACUUGAUGGUUUUGUUGUACCACAAAAACAAGAAACAACAAAUCCAGUUAACUGAUUAAUUUGCAUUUUAAAAUUACUUAAAACAUCAUAGUAAUUUAUAUGAUGAUAAUAAUUAAAAAUUAUCAAUAAUUCAAUCAUUGUGUUUUAAAAGCAAUUGUAAUUUUUAUUUUUAAGUUUUUAUUGUAAUGGCAAUAUAUAAUUGCAUGAUUUUAAUUGAUUUUCAUUAGACUGACAAAUAAAUUUUUAGCAUUUAAAUAUUUAGAAUUUAUCAAUAUUGAUAAUAAAUUGAAAUUAAAAAUAAACAAUAAUUAUCUGUACUACUACUACAAUGUCAAAUAAAUAAUUCAUUAAAUAUGUAAUAAAGAUAUUUGUUUUCCAAAUUGGAAACUAUGACAACCAAGUUUUUUUGUGUGUUGGUUUAUUUUUUUUUUUAACAAGUAGUUGAUUGUAAAAUGCAAGCAGUCAAGUUGAUUGUUAUAGGACCACAACAAGUAAUGAAUAAAUAAUAAUACAUUGUUGAAUAAAAUUUAUUGUUUGUUUGUUUUAUUUUUAGACUGGUAAAACAACAAUAUCUAAUUUUCUUGCUGAUGCAACUGAUAUAUCUUACGAUUAUAGACCAACAAAAGGUGUUAGAAUACUUGAAUUUGAAGUUGAAAAUGUUAGUGUUAAAAAUAAAUCAAUAAAUGUUGAUGUUGAGCUA